UUUUUUCCCCCUUUUCCUGGAAGAACACUGAGUUCCCCAAAGCCCGAAAGGACCUACGAGCAGUUUCCUGUCUUUCAAAGAAGCUUUGAUGGCAUUCACCAUGAGUUUGACCUCUUCAAGCCUCAUGAACCUCAGUCUUACUCCAAGAAUUAUAGUCUCACCUGGGAGGUGCAGAGCAAUUAAUUCGAGAUCCUCAAUUGGGUAUCUUAGUAUCCGAGCGGUACAAGAAAACCAGGGGCCAAGGAGGCUGGUUGAUAUAAUCCGGUUUGUGCCUGAGCUCUCAAGGAACUAUUUUAGAAGUUCAUCUCGGCGGGCAUUGUUUGGUGGGAUCUCCUUACUUGGUGGGUUUUAUGUAGCACAGACCAUCUCUCUUUCAUUUGGGGCUUUAGGAGUGAACGAUGUGAUUGCUGCUGUGCUAUGUGUUCUACUCACAGAGUAUGCAACUAGGUUCUAUUACGGCCGGCCGAAGGUAACUUUUCCCCUUGCCCUCCUGAACAAUUUUAAGAUGGGUUUUACCUAUGGCCUCUUCAUAGAUGCCUUUAAGCUUGCUAGUUGAGUCAAAAGUCAUCAACAAACAUUAUCAGUUAUCUAUCUCCCUUAUUUGAAAACGCAGAGAGAGAGAAUUUAUCCUGAUUAAUAACUUCACUAAUCAAGUGGAUUUGAUCUCUUGAACGCCCAAAUAUCCUGGCCUGGCCCUUAUGGUUCUAUCCUAUCGAAUAGAGAACUUUCUAUUUGAUUCCUUUCUGCAUUUAAUCUUACAUUUCGAUCCAAUACAUUCUAUUUCUGUACCUUCCAUAUCUCUCUUUCAUGGUUCAUAAAUUACUUACAAAAAUGAUUUCAAUAUGUGGCACACAGAUUUCUUUGUUCUCUUAUUUGAGACAUUGGUGUGAUGGAACACUAACAUGUCUCUCUCGCUCUUGGACUGUAAGAGCAAAACAUUCUAGUGGUAGUGGCAUUUUCCUGUUUCUGACUUUCGUUUUGUACAUGAUGAUGGCUACACUGAUAAGUUUUAUACAAUGAGAAACCAAUCAUUAGUCCUGAAUCUGUUCCGUGUUCAGUCCAACAACAAUGUGAGCUUUUAUUGAAGUAAAACUAUAUUGGUCUCUGGUAAUUAAAAUAUCGAAGAACAGCCCAUUGUUACCUGGAACCCUUUCUUGUUAUGGACUUAUAGUGAACCUGGACUAGAUGUCUUGCAGUCCAAAAA